AUGGCUGAAGCCGGCAAGGCUGAUGCGAAAGUGGCAGCAAAACCACAGGAGAAGAAGGCCUCCAAGCCACGAAUUGAUUGCCUUGAUGGAUGCAGAUUUGCUUUAGUUUUUCCGAUCGUGAUUGCGCACUUUGCGAGGUUCGGCACCAACAACACGACAAUGUUGAAGCUUCUGACGCAAGAAAAUGUGUUGGUGGGCGGUUUUUUCGUCAUUUCCGGAUAUGUAAAUGCCUACACAUCGACAAAGCUUGGCGAGCGGAAGGCGGAGGACAAGAAACUUGCCAAUCCAGAGUUGUUCUUUUGGCAGAAGGUCAUGGCAUACUAUCCGCUCCACUUUGUGGUCUCAGCGAUUUUUGCACCUAUGUUCAUUCAAGUUGAAAGGUGGUACAACACCCCAUGGACAAUGACAGCAUUCCAUGCAUUUUUGAACUUCAGUAUGCUACAGGCGUGGUUCCCGAAAGAGGCUGAAAUUUGGAAUCAGCCCACAUGGUUUCUCUCUGUACUUACCUUCUCCAACCUCACCAUGCCCACGUUCGUGCUCCCACAGGUGGCGCAACUCUCGAAGUCUGGGCUGCGGAAGCUUUUUGCUGCUUUGACUGGCAUUUCACUUCUGCAGAAGGUCUCUUACUCGGAGACCUCCCGAUUCCACAGCAGCAAAGAGCAUCCUGUGGAUGGAAAGGUUAUGUACCCAUUGAUCUGGAACUUGACGCGCUUCCAUCCUUUCUGGGCCCUCAUCGAAAUGACAAUGGGCGUGGCAGCUGUUCGGGACGUCAUGCUGGACACCGAGGAGGACAAGAAGAAGCCAACGACGAAUCCCAUCUGGCUGUUCUUGGCAUCUUUUGCCUCCUUGGGCUUGCGUCUGACUACUUUUGACUUCAACGAUGCCAUCAUUCGUGGCGUGCUUUUUGUGCCCAUGUGGACGAAGUUUUUGACGCAGAUCCACAGGGAUUCCCUCUCGGCCAAUCCUGCGCCCAUCACGCGAUUUUUCAAAUCCAAGCCAAUGGCCACGCUGGGCUCGAUCGCCUUCCCGAUGUUCAUCCUGCAUGGUCCUAUCGGGCAGAUCUUCUACAAGAAGAUACUCGCGAAAAAACUAUGGGGCGGACCAAUGUCGACGAGAUUCUUCCCGUGUUAUUUGCUCAUUUGCUUGGCCUUGAGCCACCUCACCAACGAGUUUUUCGUCAAGAGCAAGAAGGUGGGCGAAGUGUCCGGCAAGAUGGCAGUUACGAUCCUCGACAUGAGCACCGUGCCGCAAAAGAUCGAUGCGACCUGGCAGCAUGCUGACGCAAAGGCCAUGGCAAUGCCACCAGACUCGAAGCAGGAAGUCAAGCCGGUGAAGGUCUCGAAGCCUCGGAUUGACUGCAUUGACGGCUGCCGCUUUGCGCUGGUCUUCCCCAUCGUCAUUGCGCACUUUGCGAGGUUUGGCACCAACAAUCUGACGGCGCUGAAGCUGCUAACGCAGGAGAACGUGCUCGUGGGAGGCUUCUUUGUCAUCUCAGGAUAUGUGUCUGCUUACACCUCCACGAAGCUAGGCGAGCGGAAGGCAGAGGACAAGAAGCUGGCCAACCCUGAGCUCUUCUUCUGGCAGAGGGUCAUGGCCUACUACCCUCUGCACUUUGUCAUGUCAGCAAUCUUUGCUCCGAUGUUCAUACAGGUGGAGAGGUGGUACAACACUCCCUGGACCACGACCGCCUUCCGCGCCUUCCUGAACUUCAGCAUGCUGCAGGCUUGGUUCCCCAAGGAAGCAGAGAUCUGGAAUCAGCCCACCUGGUUUUUGUCGGCCCUGACGUUCUCGAACCUCACCAUGCCGACGCUGGUGCUGCCGCAGGUUGCGCAGCUGUCCAAGAACGGUCUGCAGAAGCUGUUCGCAGCCUUGACGGGCAUCUCUCUGCUACAGAAGGUAUCUUACUCGGAAACUGCUCGUUUCCAUAGCAGCAAGGAGCACCCAGUCAACGGACAGGUGAUGCAUCCAUUGUGCGGGGCACAGCUCGUGGCUGGCAACAGGAUCUGGAACUUGACCCGCUUCCACCCCUUCUGGGCGCUGAUCGAGAUGACAAUGGGUAUUGUGGCAGCCAGGCAUGUGAUGCUGGACACAGAGGAAGACAAGAAGAAGAAGCCAAUGAAUCCGCUGUGGCUUUUCCUGGCGGCCUACGCAUCGCUGGGGCUGCGGCUGACUAGCAAAGUGUUCAAGCGGACCUUCGUUUUCGGCGCUGAGGAUGCCAUUAUCAGAGGAGUGCUGUUUGUGCCGCUCUUCACAAAGUUCCUGACCCAAAUGCACCGGGACGCUUUGAGUGCUGAUCCGGCCCCCAUCACGAAGUUCUUCGGUUCCAAGCCCAUGGUCACGCUUGGCUCAAUUGCCUUCCCCAUGUUCAUUCUGCAUGGACCCAUUGGGCAGAUCUUCUACAAGAAGGUGAGACCCAGCACAGGGCAUUCGUGGCUAUGCAUCGACCGGUUCUACCUUGCCAUCUGUGUCACUCUGAGCCAUCUCACGAACGAAUACUUCGUGAAGAACAAGCAGGUGGGCGCCAUUGCCGGAAAGGUGUUUCGAGGGGACAUCUCCCGCUCUAACCUUCGCCAGUCUCUGCACAUCAAGGAUUGGAAGAUGCAAGAUCCGAGAAAGGUUGAUGCGAUCGAUUUGCUCAGUUCCUUUUGGAUCUUUGCCGCUGUGUAG